AUGCCAAAGAAGAAAGUACUACCGGACGGCUCGACCGUCGAGGAGGCCGAGAACAGUCUGAGCAAUCAGCUGCUCGGUCAAAUCGGCCUUUCUUCAUUCAUCAUAUCAACCUUCUUCCCCCAAAUCGCAAAAUGGCUAGCUGCUCAUCCCAAACUUGUGCGUCGGCUCUCGCUGCCUCUGGCGCUGUGGUUCGGCUACGAGUUUCUCGUUGAGCUCAUGUCAAAUGCGAUGUCAUCCGUUGACAUUGGUGCCGAGGAUAUUGCCCUCAAUAGCAGCUUCGUGUCAUUUUUGGCAAAGAAGAAAUUGGUAAUGUCACAACGCUACAUGAGCGCCACUUCCAUGCAAUACCUACGCAACAAUGUAUCGAAUGGUCGCUUGUACGAAAAGCAGCUGAAUGGAGCAAGUAUAUUCUUCGACCCCAAGAACAAGUACCAGUUCUUUUGGCAUGAAGGACGGCUGUUCGUGCUCACGGUCGAGAAGUCUAUGCGACCAGGACCGGGCAAUCAUGUCACGGUGUGGACGUUUGGAUUCUCACCGAAGCCUAUCGUCGACAUGCUCUCCCAGGCCUAUGAUAACAGUAUGAGGGAGGAUGGCAAGAUCGUGACUCAAAUCUACGUCCCCUACCACGGUCGACAAUGGAAUCUCCAAGGAGAGAAAGCUCGCCGACCUCUCAGCAGCGUCUACCUUGCUGAAGGCCAGAAGCAGAAGCUACUUAACGACGUUACUGGCUACCUUGACCCGAAGAACGAAAUCUGGCACCAAGAGAGAUCCAUACCACAUCGCCGAGGCUACCUAUUCCAUGGACCGCCUGGAACUGGCAAGACUACGCUGGCCAUGGCCAUUGCGGCACACUUCAAGCUGCAGGUCUACAUGUUGUCCCUGCUGGACGAAUACGUGGACGAUGCGGCGUUGCUGACUCUGUUCCAAUCUAUCCGAAAGGGCUGUUUGUUGCUGUUGGAAGAUGUUGAUUGUGCAGGCAUCGGCCGACGCGCAAAAGUGUCAACUCGCCCAGGCGCAAAAGCUAAGCCCAAAUACGAUGACUCAGGCAACGAAGUCAAAGAAUCCCGCGUCUCUCUGUCCGGUUUGCUCAACGCUAUCGACGGAGCAGGUGCCCCCGAGGGGCAUAUGCUGAUUAUGUCUACGAAUGAUCCAGAUUCGCUGGACGCUGCUCUGGUUCGGGCUGGCCGCGUUGAUACUUGGGUACACUUUGAUCUGGCCACCAAGUCCCAGAUCAAAGACAUCUUCAUCAACAUGUAUAUGCCUGCGACCGGCAGUACACCGUCCUUAAGUCAACAGUCCUCUGAGUGCAACGGCCACGCCAACGGCGCUACCACAAACGGCACGAACGGACACACCUCCCUCGCCGACGAACAGAAACGCGAGAACGAGGAGCUAAAUUUCGCAAAAGAUGUCCACCGUCUGGCGGAGCGCUUCAUGAACAAGGUGCCCGACCGCAAAUUCUCCCCGGCUCAGCUACAGGGCUACAUCAUGCUGUACAAGGACAGACCGGCUGACGCGGUGGAGGAUGUCGAGGACUGGGUGACUGGAAAACUGGAGCACGAGAUGCAGCAGAGUGGCAGUGUUGGCGAUGCCGGAACGGGAGAAGGAGAGGGUGGUGUUUUAGUGGUUGCGGAAAAGGAUCUGUGA